AUGCUGACGAAAAAAGAAGCUAAACAGCCCUUUGGUGCUAAAAACAGCCCAAAUGAGAGCUCGUCUUCGCUAGCAUGCCAUUCUCCCUUUGCUGCAACAACGUUCUUUGAUGGUAUCAACAAAGGUAUCGUGAUAUUGCCGGAUGACAUACAUUUGCACACCGUUGUUUGUCCAUCGACAGGUACCUCGACCCUCCCGCGUUUGGAUUCCACAGAAGCAUCCCCCUUCUACUCGUGGGUUAAAAUGGCAUUGGGGGCUGCGCCUCCAGCGCCGGGUACCCCGCCUAAGCAUACGCUUGCUCAAAUUGACACAUAUCCACAGGAAAAACAUGCUCCCGAUGCAGAUAUUGAUGAGUUUUUUUAUGGGCGCUCGAAGGAUGCGUCGCCGAAACAUCAUACAACACCCGUCAUGUUCAUGCAAGAAAGAAAUAACUCGAUUCCAACUGUCAAUACAGCAGCGGCAAAGGCGCUUGGUUGCUCUGCAGUACUUCUCCACCUGUGUUCUUUUGAAGAUGGAGCAAAGGAGCCUCGAAUCCUUGUUUUUCAAGUCCGCGAUGCUCAACUUCGCUCUUGCCGCAUUCCCUCUGGCAAAAAGCGUGGAAGUCCACGUGCUAUCUCUGAAGCAUUUCUCUUUCCAACACUAGAGGAAUCCAUUGACAUUCAUGUGUCACUAGCAGCAGUCACAUCUAGCCCCGGCAUGUGCGAGGAUUUCUCGUCCAGCCGCUCGAUUCAUUCCAGCAUGAAAUCAUCGACAGGGUCUUCCCUGGGAAAGGCAAAGGCUAUUCUUGAUUCGGUCCUAUUCAAGUCUUCGUUCUCAAGUCUCUCUCCAAAAAGCUUGCUUAUGAAAGGAAGAAGGGGAUCUACUAUAUUUGACAGGAUGGACGGGUCCAAAACUCCGGAAAGCCCCAUCCUCAACGCUAGGAGAAAGGAAGAACCAUUCAUAGCGUCCACAAUUUUCCGCGUCGAUCUUGUCUCAGCGGCCCACUCAAAGUUACCGCAGUGGUUCGAAUUGAUACUACCAAUGGCCGGUGCGUCCGGUGUUGCCCGCUUGGUACUCUCUGUCUCUGCACUCUACGCGCCCACACCUAGCAAAUCAAAAUGGCGGUCAAGACCAACUUCACUCCUUUCUCUGAUCAAUCUUCAGGAGCAUAAUGGCAUCCCAGCACAUGCCGACUAUUUGACGCUUCUGCAAAGAAACUCCUCGCCAAUGAAAGUUUCCACUUGGCGCCGCUUUUGGGCUGUUGUUGCUGCAGGCAGGAUCCUGCUCUAUCCCUAUCAACAGAAAGAAGCUGUGCUUCCUCUCCUCACCAUCGAGCUGACCAAUAUUAUUGGUGUGAAAGCGGCCGAUCCAGAGCGUCUGCACCAACGCAAUGCUUUCCACUUGAUCAGCGACAGCGGUGUACGCCACUCACUGUAUGCUGACUCGGAAGCAAGUCUCAAAAAGUGGAUGGCAAUAUGUGCGGUUGGGCACUCCUCAAACGCCACGACAGAACUUCCGCUGCUUUUCAAUAAUAUCAAAACAGCGCCAGCUUUGCCCACGUGCUAA